AUGGACCCUGCUUCUCUAAGUUUCGGAAUUGUGUCACUAGUAAUGCAGCUAGUGCAGACAGCAAAGGCUGUCAAGGAAUACAUCGCAGCCUACAAGUCAGCGGCGGAAGAGCUCGUAAGUCUCGCCGACAAGCUUGAUGAUAUUGAGACCAUUUGUUGCUCUUUGGAAAUCAUUCUUUCAAAUGGGACACAACGAUUCACUACCCUGGAAGUCAAUCUGCUCAAGAAGCUGAGUCGUAUUAUCCAGCAAUGCCUCUCUAAAGUCUCCGAUAUCCAUAGCAUUCUCGAUACAAUCUCAAGAACGCAGAAGAAUAGCCGAAACCCUUUGAAGACUGUUGGAGCACUAUUUCUGCGCUAUAGAGACAAGAUUCGUCUCGCCACGAAUGGACUGGACCGUUGCCUCUCUUCACUUCAGCUGCAUAUGACCGCAAACAUUCUGGCUGUGGCUAUGACGUCUCAUAAGACUGUCCGGGGCCCUUUGCCAACUACAGCUACAACAACUUCAACAGCUAGAGAUCUAGGAAAGGCACCAAGUGUCAGGCACCUCGAUCAAUGCGACAAGCAUCAACAAGCGCGUCAAAAAAGUCCAGAAACUGUCGUCGAUACAUGGAGACAAGGCUGGAGCACAAAGGCUUUUGUGCAGUGGACGAGAAAGACAACCAAGGAAGAAAUCUCAUUCGACACAAGCUCAUCAAGAAUUCAGGAUGAUUCUAUCUUCACGAUAGGUUCUUCAUUGCUGAGUUUGUACGUGAAAUUAUCGCUACGGCGUGGUAGUCUCUCCCCAUUGUGUAUCACUCUACAGAUACCACGAGUCAUUUACCUCCUUCAAGGCCAGCGCCAGAUUGGCGAGAAAAUUGAAUACGCUUUUAUGGAUGAUAAUUUGGGUCAAAUCAAGACAUAUUUCACUCAAGGCAUUCUGACACCCGCAACAGUAAUUUCCUGGGAUGAAUAUGAUCCUGAUAAUGAAACUUCUCUUCUGGGCCUGGCAGCCUUGACAAAAUCCAAGUCAAUUCUCAGAUUUCUCGCAACGCAAACGUUUGAUCUAUCUAACAGAUGCGUCCUGGAGUACAUCAAGAUACGCCGAGACUCCAUUUUGGCAUCCGAAUUUCACAUGAUCCUGCGAGGUAUUGUAGAUCCCUAUAAUGCGCGGAUGUGUGUAGAAGCGUGCAAGCCUUAUCUCUCAAGCAACAUGGUGGCUUUUAAUACUGCGGUCUGGAGAUACGCCAUGAAACAGUUCAAGUACGUUUCAGCAGUGAACAUCGAGGGAUGGGCAGACCUUGUUGCAGACUGUGUCUUCAGAGGGUUGGACAUCCAUCAACAGCUUCGAUCCGACACCGACUUCAGCGCUUUAAAAGAUAUACUGUUUUACAGCUGGGACACUGACGAGAUAUUGGAAAAUGUGCAUCGAUGGCUAGAUAUUGUGGAGCAAGCUGGUGUCAGCAUCAAGGAAUAUCUCAUGGUCGAGACAGAGUGCUAUUUCGCGACGUGGCACGAUACGCCAUAUUGGAAUGAGAAGAAAGUCGGCUCCUCGAACUACAAACGCGUUCUGUUCAUCAAGGAGUCGAGAGGCAGACAAUUUCCAUUCUGGGCCCUUUCAAUCCAGGACGAGUGCCCUGUUAAGGAACUCUUGACGGAGCAUGAACACUUUGCUACGCCACUCACAUUAUACCCAGGAGGCUCGACACAAGCAUACAUUGCACAGCAUGAAGCUUGGAAAGAACACCAGACCUUAGGGGCUCCAGACGGAUCUGAUAGACAUCGAAAAGGGUGGCCUUUUUGGCUACCUCUUCGGUACUACAACGAUUAUAGUGCGGAGGAGACGGAAUGGAUGGAUCGGGAAAUGCAAAUGGCCCAAAAACGGUUUGACAGCAAUCAAAAGCGCAAGGAAAGAAAAAUUGGAUUGCAUAUGCCAAAACAGCGGACGUCAAUGCCAGGAACCUGGGUAGAUGAUACUUGA